AGGCUACAAAUGGUUCAAGCAUGCAUCUAUGGAUCCAAGUAUGGCGGGGGCGAAUUGCGCCACCUUCUCUUUCCUCCUACCUCCGGCCACAGCCGCCGCUCCAAAGAAGCCGGCGGUGAUAUCUUGCAUUUCACCUCCAUCCCCUUUUAAACGCGCAAGGAGAAAGAACUACUUACGCCCCAAACUGUUGAAAACCCUAACUAAACCCUCCCCCACCCCGACCCCUCUCCUUCCCCAAGAGCCUCUUCAAGAUCCCAUUGUUCCCAUCGAGUCCACCGAGCUCGAGACUCCCUCCAAUGAGGCCUCCGGUGCACCAUGUUCAGCCGUCGCAGGAGAAGACAUUGGAGCCCGCGUCCUCAGUGAGCGAGUUUCUCAAGAAUUCCAAGUGACCGAGACCUCGGCUGCCGUCGAUAAUUUGUCUACUGGAUCAGGUUUUCUUAAAUUCGCGUUAUCUUUGGUAGGGAUUUUUGUGUUUCAGACAUUUUGUGCUGUUUGGGUGCUGGGUUCUGUUAAUUCUGACCAGAAAGAUGGGAGCCUGAGAGGUGAGGAUGAAUCCGAGGAUACGGGAAAGAUAGUGAAAAAAUCAUUGUUUAAUGGAAAUGGCAAAUUGUUUUUCGGGAAUGUUGAGCCGAGACCGGUUGAUGUUGUUCAUGUGGGUGAGUCUGAAUUGGAAGAGAAAAUUGUCCAAAUCAGGGCAAUGGCAAAAGAGGCAAGGGAGCGCGAGAGACAGGAGUUGAAGGCCAAUGGUGUGGUAUCGCCUUUGGAUGAGCUUGAAGGUGGUGAUAAGGUUUCAGAAAAUGAGGUUUCUAGGAUUAGAAGUAGCAUUGAGAAAGAGGUUGAUGCGCGAUUGGUUAAGAUGCAGAAGAGGUUGAAUUCUAUUCCGGACAAGUCCCUGGUGUCAUUGAUUAGUAAUCUGAGCAAGUCUGAGGUAUUUGGAGACAGAGAAAAUGGGAACAAUUCUGAUGUAAAAGAAGAGGUUAACGGAGCAUUGAUGUUCAGGAAAAAGUUCAAAUUCAGAAAUCCUACUGUAGGUUCAAGAAAUAAACCCAAGGGAUUUCAACAACCUGAAGAAGACGAUAAUCAUGCCAAUGUAAAAAAUAGUAGUUUAGAUCAAAUGAUGAAAAGUGGAAGAGCUGAUAAUAGAGAUUUACUAGACGGAGAACAACAGCUAGACUUGCCUGAAGGUCAUUUGCUCGAAAGUGUAUCCAUCCCUUUUGGGGAAGAAGCUGAAGGGAAACCACUACGCAAAGAUUCAAAACCCGUGCAAAUUGAUGGGAAGAAUUUGCAGAAUGAAAGGUGGGGAACAGAGAUGGGAAGGGAGAUUGAGUUUCAGAAUACUGAACCAAAGACUGGCUUCAUUCAGGAGACUAGUCAUGGAAGGUCUUCAAUUGAAGUGGUGAAGUCAAAAGGUUCAAGUCAGGUUGAGAUGCAGACUUCUCGAAGCUCUGCAAAAUACAAGCAUGAUAAUUCGGCUGUACCCAAUAAGCAUUCUGGUUCACGCACUAAUUGCAGUUCUAAAAGUAAAGGCAGAAGCAAAUCAGCACUUAAGAAAGUCAUGGAUGAACGGUCGAGCAUUUUGACUGAUUUGUGGUGGUUGAAUCUUCCAUAUGUUUUAGCUGUUUAUAUGCAUAGAGGUUCUAACCCUGACGAGCCAGGAGGACUUUUUACCUUGAAGACUGCUUCUAGUACACCGGACCAGAGGGACUCAUCCUAUACUGUUGCUUUUGAGGACCGUGGUGAUGCUAAUAACUUCUGUUAUAUUCUGGAAACAUUUUUUGAAGAUCUGGGUGAUUUUAGUGUUGAAGUCAUGCCUUUGUCAGUAAAAGAACUUGAUGAGGCAGUAAAAUCAUGUACAAUGAAGGUAAUUGUGGUGAGGAAGGGACAGAUUCAGCUUUAUGCUGGGCAACCACUUGCUGAUGUCGAGAUGGCUUUGCGUUCUUUAGUUGAACCAGGCCAAGGUGCCCAUUCACCAAAAUCAAAAUGAAAGGAUUGUACCUUGGGUAAGAUUUCCAGCUCUCAUCAAUUGGUGGAAAAUGCCCAUUUUGCAAAUGGAAUUGGCAGGCCAGAGAGAAAAUGCCAAUUUUCUUUCACAGCACACUUGAUUUGCUGGAGCAGAGUUUUAGGGACCAGAAUAAAGUGUCCGUAAAAUCAAGUUGACAAAAUUAGGCCAUAUAGCCCAUAACUGUAGUAAUCCUCAUGAAAGCGGUUACAGGUUUUUGUAUAUUUGAGAGCAAGUUUUGAUCUUUGAAGUAUAUUGAUUGCGCUUGGCAUUCAACUUCUAUGCACCUUCCCCCUUUGCUACUUAAUAAAACCACCUUUGUUUUUAACAGAAAA